GGUAAUAUAAGAUAAAAGAGCUUUUGGCUCUUCCUUAUUGUUGAAAUAUUCGUAGGCUUCAAUGUAUUUCUGUCAAAUUGUUCAUCUCUGGUGAUAGUAUACCUAUGCAGUUCUAUACUUUGAAAUGCAAAUAGACUGCAGUCUAUCAAACGCAACUUCCUUUUUCUGUUGUCAAGGGGAAACUGCUUAAAAGAAACGUCUAGCUUCUCACACAGCUUCAAGAAGGAGACAGUAAAAGUGGACUCUUAACUUACAGGUGAAAAACAUCUGUAUGCUUGGUGGCUGUCAAUCAAAUUUAAAAACUGCAUUUGUCAGAGUUCCUCUCAUUUUAAGUGAGAAUGAUGUCCAACCAUUCAUAUGGACCACACCUCUGUAAGACCAACAUGUCGGAGGAGGUGAGGCUGUUCCAGAGGGUUGUGUACAGCCCCGUGUUUUUGCUGGGUCUGGCCCUGAACCUCUCUGCUCUGAGGGUGUUCUACCGUAAGAGAGCCAGCUUUACAGACACACACAUCUACAUGCUCAACCUGGCUGUGGCCGACUGUGCCCUCAUCACCUUCCUGCCCUUCAGGAUCUACCACACCUUCUUCAGCAUUACCUCUCCUGGCCUCUGUGCUGUUCUGGUUCUCAUUAAUUUCACCAACAUGUACGCAAGUAUUUUCACUGUUACUGCUAUCAGUGUUCAGAGAUUCAUCGCCAUUCAGUUUCCCUUCCACUCCAGGAGAAUGGGCUCCAAGAAGCAAGUGGCUGUUGUAGUGUGUGUGAUGAUAUGGGUGACUAUUGUGGUCCUAUGUGUGAUAUUCAGGGAGCACAAUAGACCUGAGCACAAUCUGGCCUGCUUUGAGAGGGAAUUCCAUUUGUUUCCACUGGGCUACAUUCUGCCUCUGGAGAUACUGGGAUAUGUGGUUCCUCUUCUCACAAUGCUGCUUUGUUCAUGUCAGACGAUCUGCACUCUGCUGGCCUACAAGGACAUGCACUCAUAUAAGGACAACAGAAAAAGUAUUAGAAUAAUAUCAGCCAAUUUGGUAGUCUUUUUCAUCUGUUACACUCCUAUCCAUAUGGCAUUUUUCAUGAAACUCUAUGUUGCCUACAAAGUCCCCACUGACUGCCAACAGUAUCAUUUGAUGCAUAACUUUUAUCAUGUCUCAGAAUGGAUUGCCACAACAAACUGCUGUUUAGAUGCUAUUGGAUAUUUCUUCUUGGUAAAGGAGUUCCGCAAGGAACUGAUCCCAAGGAAGACAGUGCAAAGAGAGAAUCGAGACUCUCCAGAGAGAAUUGCUCUCUCUAGAACCGAAUAGGAAUUGAGAGGAAUUAUCAGCCACUGUAUAUUCUGUUUUGGCCUAGUGAAUGCUGUCACUUGAAAAAUCAUUCAAAAUCUGAUGGUUAUACAGAUAUAUGAAUUAUAUACAUAUUUUCCAGCUA